GUGGUCAGUGCAAUCAGCGGCAUCGUGUAAACAUCAACUGCCGCCAUGCUUUCCUGCUUGCCGCCAAUUGUAUUUGAAAACAGUUCGUUACAGUCCGCUGCGAUUAACUGUUGACAAUUCCUCGACAUUCGAAGGGGAACCGACCCGAAAUGGCCGGGACUUCUUUCUGCUUGGCGACUGCACUUGCAAACCUGCAGGAAAGCAUAAAAGAUUGCCACCAGGAACUGCGCAAUGUAAAUGAGCGUGCACGAGCUCAUGUUGCAGAUGUGUUGGAAAACAUUAAGGUCGCUGCAAACUCUGUAGAGUGUGGGUUUGCCGUGCCAAAAACGCCUGGACGAAAGCAAAAGGCUCGCAUCAGUGCAAAGAAGUCAUUUACUACUGCAGCCCUACCGAAGCGGCAGACUCGUUCGGUGUCAAAGGGUGCCAAGAAGCGCAGUUCAGCAAAGAAAAUUGUAACUGUGCAAGAUGAAAGAUCAUCCACAUCAUCGGAGGACCCCGAGAAGGAAAAUGCUGUCGUGCAGCUCAAAUCUGCGGCAAAGGCUACCAGGGCCGCCAACAAAAAAGUGGUACCUGGAGUUAGGGUAGAUGCAGCUACGCCUCUUGCAAAGCCAAGCCCUCGUCAACCAUUGCGAAGCACAAGACAGACACGGGCUCAGGCAAAGGCCCUUCUGGCCAAUUCAGCUCAAGCGACCCCACCCCGUGCAGCGGGCAUAUCACGUGCUUUGCUCUACUCGCCUGCUAAUCGUGUGGCUACACCAUCCAAGCAGCUCUUCUCGCCAUAUACCAAGUGCAGUGUACAGGAGAAGGCAAGGGCCUUUGAAUCAAAGGAGCCCAUUUCCCCCUUGCAUGCUUCCGGGCCCCCCAAAAGCAGCAAUGUAGCAAGAAACCAAGCUAGUGCUGCAGCUGUUACGGGAGAAGUGGGUCUCUGUGCUCCUUCAUCUACCACACAGAUGCAUGCUUCAUCGGAACCCAUUACUGAAGAGAAGCCUGUGACUCGAGCAAGUCUGAGUACACCAGUCGUGCCUCCACCAUCUAAAACUGCAUCAAAGCAUAGUAGCGAAGAGGAAACGCCUGCUAUCACAUGUGUGGAUGUCACACCAUUGUGUCUCCCUGUCAAAGAGAUCCCUGUCAGGAGGUUGUCUAGUGUGUCUCCGUCAGAGUGCAAUGGACAAUCCUCAUCAUUGCGUUCCAGCUCUCCCGCCUCAAAACAUGACGCUGAAGCGAAGCUUGCUGCCACAUCGCCAGCGGCUUCCCCAGGUGCAAAGAACUCGGCUCCCAUCGUACCUGGAGCCGGGGCCGCGAAAGAAAGGCGCAUUACAAGGGCGUCAGCUUCUGCUGCUGCAGCACUCAUCGCAGUCUCGGAGAAAAGCUCAAAGGGAACACCUGCUGGCAUUCAGGCAGCCGGUUGCUCGUAUGAGGUGUCAUCGGCAGCAGAAUCUGCCUCUGACGAUGAGGAAUGGGUGGAGUCGCCUACCACACCGAAGCGCGCUCGUCUCCUCCCUCAAACCUCUCACGCUGGGGCACAUGUGAAAAAGCUCAGCGGUGUUCUAGGUUCUGCCAAGACACUCGGAAAGGACUGUCCGGGACAUAAGCUCAGCGCUGUCCGAAAAAUUUCGGCUACCCCGUCCUCCUCCUCCAGGUUCGCUCCUGUCACACCAAAGCAGGUCACGCCUUCAAAGGUGGCACGACCAUUUAUCACAAGUGAAGCACGACAGGGCACCCUGAAGGGAUCCACUUUAGAGGAGUCCACCCGCAAGAGGCAUGACAGCAGCGGCAGCAGUGAGAUGGAGCAGCAACGCAAGCAAGAACUAUUGCGGAUAAAAAUUGAUGCAGCAAAGAAAGACCGAGAGCAGAGGCUGGCUAGGGCACAAGCUCAGCGGGAGCGACGUGAAGCUGAGCGGCGGGAGCAAGAGCAGUUGCGACAACGGGAAGCUCAGCAAAAGGAGCUCGAGAGGUUAAAGCUACGGACUGCAUUUCAUCAGCUCAAGCAGAGCGAGCGCAGCCUAAAUGUUGAUACGUUAGCGGCUGCUACAAAGAGGAAAGCAGAAUCUCCUCUGGUCUCUGCAUCCAAGAAGCCAACUCCCUUGAGCAUAAGCAAGCCUCCGAAGAUGGCCAGGAAUGCUUGCGCUGAUGCAGUGGCCGCAAGGCUCAUCUUCGGUCAGCCGAGUACGAGCCUUUCGCAGAAGGCAAAACUGAACAACAGCCUUCAGCAGCAGGCAAUGCUAAACAGCCUUUCACAGUCACUAAGAAGCCAGGCAAGCUUUCUGCCCUCCCCUGAGGAGCCUCAGGCAGCGUCUGACUCGCAGUCCAUCACAGCCCUAGUUGAAAACACACCAGAGAAGGCAUGUGCUGCUCUGAACGUCACCGUAACACUGUCUUCGGAGGACAAGCCUGCAGCAGCCCUCAGCGAGACAUUCACUGUGCCUUCCACCGAUCACCUUGAGGCCAGUGUCACAAAGACACCAUCUGCAGCAAACUCCACGUUUGUAAGGACCAGUGGCCCUCCAAGGUCGAGCGGGUAUGAUAUCACACCGCACAGGAGCGAGCUUCCGCCAGAGCCCAACAAGGACAAAGACAACUAUGACAUCAACGACCUUAAUUCUGGCGAUGAAACUGAUGAUGAUGAGAAGCCACGCAAGGAAGUUCCUGCCUGGGCUAAAGGUGCUGCCUUGAACAAGCUUGUGGCGCAACAGCACGCCAAAUCAAUUUCAGGCCUGGAGUUCUUUGGUGAGAUGCCCGUGCCCAACUUGGACAAAAUAUUCCAGCAGAAGAAGAAGUAUUUCAACAAGCGCACGAGCUCCCAAAUAUGGGAUUGAGGAUUUGAGGGCUUGUAUAUUGUGUAAGAAUUGUGGAGUAACUGCUGAUUACCCUGCCCUCCUCCCUCCAGUUUUUAACUUGCUGUACAUGUGCAAUGACGAACAUUUUUCCGAGAUGUGUCUGCACAGUUCUGUAUUCUCAUUUUGUCAUGUUCUUUGCAAGAUUUUGAAUUGUUUUUAUUUUACCUCUGCAGACAAGCAAACGAACGCACUUCAAAAUCGUUAUGUGCAUGCUCACGAAGGCUAAAGAGCCUGAAGUAGAUAGCUGCUAGGCGACUUGCUUUUAUUGUGCAAACCAUGUGGACUCCUAGAUGAAGGCGUCAGCAAGAGUUAACCCGCUGCCUCUUUUUAAUUCCUUUAUUUCUUGCUUUUUCCUUUCUCUCUAUCUCUCUCUUUUUCUCCCCAACCUUUUCACACCCUGAUCCAAUAUUCCAGGCAGUACAAAUUGACCUUUGCAUGGCUUACUCGGAGACGGCCAUCACUUCCACAUCAAAUUUAAAUGUUCAAAUAACCUGUAACCUAGGUCCCACUACCUACCUUCCUACUAAUGUAGUGCACAUGUUUUAAUUGCAGUCUGAAUUUUUGUGAUGAUGCUACACCUAACAAAUGGAAGCUCAGCAGCACAUUGCGACGUAUACAUGCAGCUACAGUGCACGCUAGUUGCUGGCAUAGUCGUGGUCACUGCAUCGGCAAUCACUUAAAGCCGGUCCUUGUGAAUCAAAACUCUCACAGAAGCGGCAUAAUGUUUUGCAUUUCGGACUUGUACCACAUGAAACAGGCUAAUACCCCACUCAGACGAACAAAUUUGGAGAUGCUUCGAGCGAGUACACUUGAUCUCGCUGAGUGUUACUUUGGCGGCAGGGUGCUAGACGGCAAAACCAUGUGUCAUUCGGGAUUUGUAAGUCUAUGAUAGGGCAUGAUUGAUAUGAUUCUGGGAAUUUUUAGUUUUAGAAAUGGUUACUGUUUUAUUGCAAAAGAAAAAUGCUUGUGUACGAUAACCUCUGCCAUCAAAACUAGAAAUUCAUCUUUUUGUUUGGGCCAGUACAAGUAACGAACAUAUCCAAAAUCUACUGGGUCAAAAUAGCAGAGUUCACCGUAAAUGGAUGUUCCAAGUUUUUCUCUUCACUGAGGUCACCAAGGUGCUCAUAACAUUUGAAAUUACAAAAAGUCUUGAAAAUAGAGCCGACUCUGCUGUGAGCAUUUAUUUAUUUAUUCUUGAAGCGUAGCAAACGAGGCUACACACUUCAAUGCGGUAUAGUGAGUCCCUCGAACACACUAGCUGGCAUGUGCACUCUACAGCAAUGGUCCCUAAGUUUGCCCGCCUGACUCAGGGGUAUUAAUUAGUCUCGGGGUUAACACUUGCACAGCUGCAGUACAUAUGCCUUAAAGCAAUGAUGCUGUUAUGCUUUGCAAUUUGUAGAAGGAGUAAUGUCUGCCUCUUCAUGCAAUUUACCUUGAGCGGAAUUCUCGAUCAACUGAUAAUUUAGCGCCUGAAGAUGCUGAGUCCUCCUUCAAUCUGCUUCAAGGGAGUGCACUCAGACGUCAUUAUAAUGAUGUCGUAUCUGGUACAAAAUGACUUUCGGUAUAUCUUAUAAUCCAUUAUAUCCAUGUUUACCAUGCUGGCAUUCGACUGUAUAGAGUUUCUCGGGAUGUCUUCAUUAAAGUAAUGCAGAUGUCGUAGUAGCAUUUAUGUUCGUUUAUAUUUUGCUCUAGUUAAAAUUUUUUUUCCUUUGUUUCUUUAACUUAGCCUAACAUACUUUCGCAUGCACAUUUUCAUGUAAGCUCAGCAUUGUAAAUACAUUCUCUCAUGCUGUGUCACUUUGUAGCUUAAUGUGUAUGCACUUAGAUUACAUUCUGUCUCAGUGAACUCCUUUGCCUUUCCAAUAAGUUUGCUGUUUUUACUGUUUUUACUUAUUAUAAAGCUCCUUGGAGCUUUGUAUUUUUUUAUUCUGGACAGAAUGAUUUCAUACUGCAUUGAAGGCAGACAGUGUACGAAAAGGAAUUUACCAGAAGGCUGUGUGCAUGCGUCAUGUUAUUGUUGCACACAGGAUCAUUUCUUUUCAAGCAGUAAAUGGAAGUUCACUUGUUCAUAUAUGGUAGAAAGGAUUCACAUAGAUGAAGCCUUUGUGAUGCCUCAAUGCUUAUGUUUGGUGGUUCACUCUUGAAUAUGAUCUGCUUACCAGCAGUUUGUACAUUAAACUAUUUAUAACCUUAA